AUGGCGAGGAGCUCUUCGUCGUCGCUGCUGUUCCCGGCUGUUCUGCUCGGCAGCUUCCUUUACGCCCUCUGCCCACGGGAGGCGUUCUUCCUCCCCAGCGCCUGGCGAUCGGAGCCGGAGGCCCAGGAAGCGGCCGCUCCCAGCUCGUCCCGCCGGUCGCUGCUCGCCGGGGCUUUGGCAGUCGCUGCGCCCGAGCGGGCCAAUGCUCUCACCACCGAGGAGCUGCGUGCGGCCAACCUCUUCCUGACGGCCUCACCGAGUGUUCUCAGCGUUUCAGAAGGCAAGAAGAAUGCGCCGGGUCCCACUGGCACCGGCUUUGUCUGGGAUGCCUCGCAUGUUGUGACGAACUUCCACGUGGUGAAGGAGUUGAAGAGCCCCCACGUCACAUUCCUCCGCAAGGACGAGUCCGGCAGCGAAGAUCACAUCACCGUCGGUGCUUACGUGGUCGGCGCAGAUCCCCUGUCGGACAUUGCAAUCCUCCAGGUCAAUGCCGAAGAGAACACGGACGUGGCCUCGCUGAUGCAGCCGCUGAGCCGGGGGGCCUCGGAAAAUCUCAAGCCGGGCCAAGAGGUCUUCGCUCUUGGCAACCCGUUUGGCCUCGAGCACAGCAUGAGCAAAGGAGUGAUUAGUGGCGUCUCUAGGAGCAUGGAGGGCACGGCUGGAUGGCCUAUGAGCGGUAUCAUCCAGACGGAUGCUUCCAUCAACCCUGGAAACAGCGGAGGGCCUCUCUUGAAUAGCGAAGGAUCUGUGGUUGGUGUCAACACGGCCAUCCUGUCAACAAGCGGCACCUUUUCGGGAGUGGGUUUCGCCCUGCCCAUCGACACAGUGCAGAAGAAUGUGGAGUCCAUGAUUGAGGAAGGCUAUGUGACCCGGCCCAGCAUCGGCGUGGAGCUUGCACCGGACGAGGUCUCCGAGUCGCUUGGAGUUCCAGGCGCCAUGGUCAUGAAGGUUGUGCCUGGAGGGCCGGCACAGCGAGCCGGAAUGAGGGCUCUUCGCAGCGGUCAGCUCGGCGACGUCAUCGUGAAGAUGGGCUCCCGACCAAUUGCCAGCUCCAGUGACGUCUUCCGCUACUUGGAUCAGCGGCAACCUGGAGAGCUUGUCGUGAUGUCGGUGCAGCGAGCUUCCUCGGACUUAACGAGUGACGAUCCAGACAUCGUGGACAUUACAGUACGCCUGGGCCGAUCCAAUUCAAAGAUGGUGGUCACUUAG